AUGCGAGCGGCCAAAGAAAAACUGUGAGAGGAAAAUGGGAUGACGGGGCAGAAGGAUGAAAAGCUCCAGAGUAGAGGACAGACCGGCGAUUCGAUGGAAGGUGCUGCCUGGAGGGCACGUGGUGAGAUUGCAGGCACCAGAGCAUGGAUGAUGGGAUGAACAUCGGACUUCUGUGCCGGAAUUUGCUGGACUCUGGGCAGGCGUCGGCUUCGGCUUCCUGAGAGCGGGCUGGCUCUCUGGUGGUGGCGGGCUACCUGCAUUUAGUGAGUGAGGUGCGGUGUAAGAAUUCGUGCUCGUUCGGGACCCUUGUGGAAGACCUUUUGAUUGCGCGAGCUGGAUUAGCAACGCCCGUGGAAGAUGUUUGGAGUGAUGGAUAUCUCUGCCACGGCCAUGGCCGUGGCUCCGCUCGCAUCCGUCUCUGCGCAGAGUCGUUCUCCCGUGUCAUGUGAAACUCAGCAACCUCUUGCUGUGCGUCCCGGUCUGUUUCCUGGCAGUAGGCCUGGAUAUGCUCCCGUUGUGUGGAAGGCGAAAAGGGUGCCCAAGAGUUGCAACGUACAAAUUAGAGGCAGCAGCUUAGCCAAAGAAACCGGAAUAGAUGUGACUGAGUGGAACAAGCAGGUGCGUGACGAGCGAUUGUCAAUUUUGGAAACCCAAGCCCUGAACGCGUUGAGGAAGACCAUCGAGAACUAUCAGAGGCCAGCAUUUCCUUGUGCAUUGAUCACAGGUGAUGUGGUUAUCUUGGAUCUUCUCAGUAGGGUCGGCGCUUUUGAUGACGAGAAAGUCAAAAUCAUAUUUAUCGACACCUUACAUCUCUUCCCCGAAACGUUGACAUUUUUGGCAGCCGUGGAGAAGCGGUAUGGCUGUAAAGCUCACAUAUUUCAGGCUGCUGGUAUGGCCAACAAACAGGAGUACGAUGAAAAAUAUGGUUCAGACCUUUUUAUCCGAGAUGUUGACGAGUAUGACAGAAUCUGCAAAGUAGAGCCAUUUAGCCGCGCUCUGAAGACAUUGGAGGUUGAUGCCAUGGUUAACGGCAGAAGGAGAGAUCAUGGUGCAGAAAGAGCCCAUCUUGAGAUAUUUGAAGGUGGAGACAUGGCCAAAGUUCAACCUCUUGCCUACUGGGAAUUCAGAGAUUGCUGGGACUACAUUGAGAAGUAUCAACUACCGUAUCACCCUCUCCACGACCAAGGAUAUCCUAGCAUCGGAGAUAUGCAGAGCACACUACCGGUUCCGAAAUCCCAGUGGUUUGAAUAUGGUGGUGAGCGGUCCGGCCGCUUCCAGGGAAUCAAGAACAAGGACGGAAGCACCAAAACCGAGUGUGGUAUUCAUGCUCCCACUUCAAGAUAGGAAGAAGGCGAAUGUAUCUACCUCAUGUCCAUAGUACGACCUGAAGGAUACUUUGACUUCGGGAGCACUUGGGAAAUUCCUGACAUUGAAGAGAGGCAUGAGUGAUAUUAGAGAAUAUGAACACUCAAAAUUCCUCUUUAUCCCGACCUUGAGUUGUAUCAUACAACGGCUCAUCUAUUCCCUUGCAAGUCUGCGAGGAAUCUUGUAAAAAGAAUAGUCCAUCCUCUUAAAUUACAUACUCCUGAAGCAAAACUUCUGUUUCUGGCUGGCUUUAUCUUUUACUUGUCCACUGAAAGAUUGUAUUUCGAAUAUACCUUUUACCACUCCACCCUUGUUUGAACAUCUCUGUCACCGUCGUCAUAAAGAUUUCCGCAGGUUUAGCAAGGAAAAUGUGCCCGUUUUCUGAAUUAAAAGUGUAUAAUGUUGAAG